AUGAUAUACCAAACUGAGGGUGAAAAACAAGAAAAGGCCAGGAGGGAUGCCUCGGAGAUGCUGACCAUCCCAGAGGAACAUGGACUCAACGGGAAGAAGAAAUUCUUUGGAGGGGACAAUAUCAAUAUUGUGGAUAUUGCCUUCGGGUGGAUUGCCCACUGGAUGGGAGUCAUUGAAGAGAUAACAGGAGUGAAGCUAAUUGAGGACAAUAAGUUCCCUCUCUUGAAAGCUUGGAUGCACAAUUUCAAGGAAGUGUCGUUUAUCAAUGAGAAUCUACCUAAUAGAGAAAAGAUGGUUGCUUUCUUCUGA